GCAGACUCAGGAACUCUUUUUGGAAGCGCAACGAAUUCUAGAGUCAAGAAAAUCAUGUUUUUGCAUCGAUAACAAACUUGCAACAUGGCGCGGACGCUACGAUCUGCCCAAAAGCCCCUGAACGGCAGCAUUCACAGUGCGCUAGAUGGUCAGGCGAAUGGCGCACCCAGAGAGUACUCUCGAGAUACUGACAGCGAAUCGCUUGAUCGAUCGCGCUGGAGACUACGCGCAGAAGGUGGUCGUCAUACCUGGCACUAUUUGAAAAUUGAAAAAGAAGUUGAAGAAUGGCCGCAGACAGUCGCCGACAAGUACCACCUCGGUCUACCAACAAAUCUUCCUGGUCGUCCACCUGCUUCGAAACCGUCAGAAUCGAUAGAGAACUGCCUCGCCUUUUACUCGGAACUUCAACUUCCUCCUGGACACUGGGCUUGCGAAUAUGGUGGCCCUCAUUUCCUCCUUCCCGGAAUUGUCAUCUGCUGGUACGUAACGGGAACACACAUUCCGACAGAGUACCAGAUUGAAAUCAGGAAUUAUCUGUUCGCAAGGCAAAACAAAGACGGGGGAUGGGGAUUACAUGUCGAAGGACACAGCUCUGUCUUUGGGACUGCUAUGAACUACACGAUCCUGCGAAUCCUUGGUGCCAGUCAGGAAGAUCCUCGCAUCGUGAAAGCCAGAGGUAAACUUCACCAACUCGGUGGUGCGCUUAACGGUCCCCAUUGGGCGAAGUUCUGGUUGAGUGUCCUGGGUAUAACGCAAUGGAGCAUUGUCAACCCAGUGCCCCCAGAGUUGUGGCUCUUACCAGACUGGGUACCGAUCGCCCCUUGGAGAUGGUGGGUUCACAUGCGCCAGGUUUUUCUGCCCAUGAGUUAUGUCUGGUCCAAGCAAUAUACCAUGCCUGAGAACGAUCUUAUUCGCUCUCUACGUCAAGAGGUUUUUGUUCAGCCGUACGAGACUAUCGACUUUGCCUCACAUCGAAACUCCAUCGCCCUGGAAGAUAACUAUCACCCCAAGUCGUGGCUGCUCAAGCUCAUUAUGUCCAUUCUGGUAUGGGUAUGGAUCCCCGUACUUCGCACCAAGAGCAUCAUUGAGAAGGCCGAAUCCUGGGUCUGGAGGCUCGUUCAGUACGAAGAUCAUAACACGGACUAUGCUGACCUCGCGCCCGUCAAUGCCCCAAUGAACACACUAGUAUGCUUCAUCCAUGAGGGGCCUGAGAGCUACUCAUUCAAGCGCCACCUUUACCGUCUUGAAGAGUAUCUUUGGGUUAAUAAGGAGGGCAUGCUUGCGAAUGGCACCAAUGGCGUUCAAGUGUGGGACACAGCCUUCACGAUCCAGGCGUGCGUAGAAGCUGGACUCGCCAAAUCGCCCAAAUGGAAACCCAUGCUGACCAACGCUCUCUCAUACCUUGAAUCCGAGCAGAUUCGCGACGAAGUCCCGGAUCGGGAGAUUUGCUAUCGCCAAUCACGUAAAGGUGCAUGGCCUUUCUCGACCAAACUCCAGGGAUACACGGUCUCAGACUGUACGAGUGAAGCCUUGCGCGUCGUUCUACUCUUGCAGAACGUCCACGGUUAUACGCCACUCCUGGAUGAUAGGCGGAUCAAGGACGCUGUGGAUGUGCUGUUGACCAUGCAGAACAAGCAUACUGGCGGCUUCGCUAGCUACGAACCCCAGCGCGGCAGCGAGUACUUGGAAAUGUUGAAUGCCGCAGAAGUCUUUGGUCGCAUCAUGGUCGAAUACGACUACCCGGAAUGCACCACGGCCGUCGUGACGGUCUUGUCUCUCUUCCAGAAGCACUACCCUGAAUACCGAACCGACGAGAUUCGUCGCAUCAAGGAGACGGCGUGUCAAUAUAUCCGCCGAGCCCAGCGCGGGGACGGCUCCUGGUAUGGCAGCUGGGGGAUCUGUUUCACGUACGGGGCCAUGUUUGCGCUCGAGUCUCUGAGCUCGGUCGGCGAGGAUUACAGCAACUCCGCGAGGGUCAAGAAGGCCUGCGAGUUCUUGCUGUCGCACCGCAUGGCCGACGGCGCGUGGGGCGAGAGCUACAGGGCGUCGGAACUCAAAGUGUGGGUCGACCACCCGGAAAAGUCGCAGGUCGUGCAGACGUGCUGGGCGGUGAUCGCACUCAUGUACGCCGGGUACCCGGACAAGGAACCCAUCAGGAAAGCCCUCCAGGUUGUCAUGGGCCGGCAGCAGAGCAACGGGGAGUGGCUGCAGGAGAGCAUCGAGGGGGUCUUCAACUGCAGCUGCAUGAUCACCUACCCCAACUACAAGUUUUACUUCCCCGUCAAGGCCCUGGGGAUGUACAUGGCCAGAUGGGGUGAUGAGGCUCUACUCUGAGAGAGACAGGGCGAGAUGAAAUUGCAGAACGACAAGACAUCUAAGAGUGUGUCUAGACUCAAUAUAUAUUGGUAUAUUACAUACAGAGUGAGUAUUUGCAGGAUGAAACUCGUUUGGAGUAUGGCUAGCUAUACGUCCUAUUUGGGUCGAUGGUACAAUUCAAAGUGCUCGAAAAAAAAACAAUCAAGCACUGUCAUGUCAUCGAGAUCUCCUGAUCAUAUCCUUUUGAGUAAUGUACAGUAGAUAGAAUCGCAGGUAACGUGCUGUACCACUCGACGACCUUCCUCCAAUCGAUGAUUGGAGUCGCCGAAAUUUGGUCAUACGGUUGAAAGGUCCGCAACAACAAACGUAGGACCUAGAGUCGUCCAGAGGGGAGGAAGGUUGUUGACUGGCAGUGUACGGAGUAUGUUGAUAGCCAUUCAAUGACAGAUCAAUGACCGGUAAUAACCGGUGGUAAC